CUCCUUUAUUAACCAUUGUUUUCAAUAUUAAUGCUAUUUCUGGAACAAUUUCAUUUCCUCCCAUUUCAAAUAAAUAGGAAAUACUUUUAUUCCAAUCAAUUUUCUGAGGCCACAUUUCUAUUUCCACUUUUGAUAAAAAUUGAUUUAUAAGUUUUGCAAGUAAUAUAUAACAAUCUGAUGCUAUUUUUCCUUUAAAUUUUAUUUGACUUUCAUCAUUAUUAAAUAUGUGAAUGUCACAAAUAUCUAUUAAUGGUUGAAUGUAAAAUGAUGCAUAAUUUGAACACAAAAUAUUUUGUGUAUAAUGUAAAAUAUAUAAUGCAUAUAAAUAAUGCAUAUUUGUAUAUUGUUUUAUAUUUUGAAUAAUAAAUAUACUUUCAUUUUUGAAUUUCUCAACAUAAUAUAAAAUUUCUUUUUCUGUUAAAAGUAAAUAUCCAUUGUUAAGAAUUAAAAUAAUUGUAGUAAGGUAUCUGUUCAUUUCUUCAUAAUUGAACUUAUAUGGUAUGUUUUUACUGUUUUUAAGUAAAAAUUUUAAUGCAUCAUUAAUAUAUAAAGACAAUAAUUGUUUGAUAUUUUUAUGAUUUUUUGUAAUAUUUAAAUUAAGUAAAUGUGACAUAAAUUCUACGAUAUAGAAAAUAUGUAUAAUAUUUGCAUAAGGUCUUAUAUCUAUUCUCUUAAGUGAUAAUAGCCAAUUAUUGAGUAUUUCUUUUAUAGGACAUGUUUUCUGUUCUACUAUUAGAUUUGCAUCAUAAAACAUAAUAAUAAUAAUAGCAAAUUUAGCAGGAUUGAAUUUGGGAUGCAAAUUUUUAUACAUAUAUUCUUCACAAAUAAAUUUAAUGAAAUUUAUUACAUCUGCUUUUAUCAAUAUUUUUUUCAGCCAUCUUAUUAUAUCAUCCCACAGAAAUGAAUUUUUUAUAAAUAUUUCUUCUAAAGAAAAUUCUAAUAACAUAUUCAUUACAAUUUUUAAAUCAUUAAUUUCUUUUACAGAAAGGAAUAUUAUAUUUAAAAGUUCAAUUUGAGAUGCAAUCUUUAAUAUAUAUGAGUGCAUACUUAAAUUUUUCUGAAUCAAAGAUUUAAUUAAAUUUAAUUGAUUAUCUUCCCAAUAAUUUGAUACUUUACUUGAUACUAUUCUUAAAACUUUCAACAUAUAAAAUAUUGGAAUUGGAGCCCAUGUUUCUUCAUUCAUUAUCUUAAAAACUUUAUUAAGAAAUUCAAUUUGUUCAGUUUUUACAUGUAUAAAUAACUUUAUAAUAUCAUUUAAUAUUUCUGGUUCUUGUUGAUAAGUUUGACAUUCAUAUAAAUAUGUAUUAUUUAAAACAUGUAUAAAUAAUUUUAAAAAUUGGUUGUCAUACAAAAAGAUAGGCGAAUUACAAAUAUAUAAUAUACCUUGUUUUACUAUGGUAUUAUUUUCGUGCAAUAAUAUUCUCUCAAAAAUUAAUUGUAACCAAAUAUUGUCAAAACAAUUGUUACAUAGAGUAUGUUCUUUGUUUCCUUUUAUCAAUAUUGGUAAAUAAGUUAAUGCAGGUAAUAUUAAAUGAUGAUGUUUUUCUUCUAAAGCUUCUAAUAUCAAAAAGUAAUUUUGUUUAAUGUCAUUUAUUGAUAUUUUUGUUUUAAUUGAUUGAUGGCAUAUGAAAGGAAUAAUUUUAUGUUUUUUUGAUUUUAAAUCAUUUUCAUUUAUAGUACUUAUGAAAUCAGUUAUUCGUUUCAUUAUAAAUAAUGCUUGUUUACGAUAUUGUUGUAUUGGAGAUUUUAAACUUUGUAAUAAUAACAACCAUAAUUGUUCUAUAUAAAAUAUGUCAUAAUGUAUGAAACUAAUAUUUUUUAAAUUUACAGAAAAACAAAUAUCUAUUAAAAUACUGAGUGCACUUAAUAAAUCUUUUAAAUCAUCCAUUUUAUUUAAAAUAUAAUUCCACAUAGGUGGCAAAAUAUCUUCAUAACCAAAAGUAUUUAUUAAUUUUGGCAAAAUUGAAGCAAAUAAUUGCCAUUCUUUAUUUUCUUUUAUUUGUAACCAUAACAUUAUAUCUUUUAGAUAUAGAGAAUUAAAACGUUUCAAUAGAUUUGAUUCCAAAUCAUUAUAUAAAUAUUUUUUUAAUUGUAACGAUUCUAAAAAACAUUCUAAUAUUUUUAAAUAUAAAAUUUUGCUUUCAUUAUUAUUCAAGCUAUUAACAUUCGAUUUGCGAAAAUUUAUCAUGUGUUGCUCAAUACAUUGUGAAUUACAGUAAAGCGUUAACUGUAAAAUUACAAUAUCAUAUAAAAUUGGAUAUUCAACAAAAUUUUGUAAUUUAUCUUUUACAAAUAAAGUAUUUUCUAUUGUUUUAAAACAUAAAUCAUUUGGAAUUAUUCUAACAUACUUAUUUGUUGUAUGAAAUAUAAGUUGAUAUUCAUAACAUAAAAUCAUUCGAAAUGUAUAUAAUUUUUUUGCGUGUAAAUUAUUUCUCAUUAUUUCAGUAUUAUAAUAUUUAGUUAAACGAUGUAACAAUAAAAAUGGAUCAUCUUUAAAUGCAAUUUCUAAUAAUUCUAAAAUCGAGAAAUCUAUUGUUGAAAUACGCAUAUAGCGUUCGUGUAAAUCCAUAUUGUUACAAUUUUUUUUUUUUUUAAAUAUAUAUAUAUAAUAUAUAUAUAUAUAAAUCUAUAUAUAUAUAUAUGUAAAUAUAUCUAUAUAAAAAUAUUAAAAAUAUAAAUAUAUUUUUCGUUUAUUUAAAUAUUCUUAAUUUAUAAGAAUUUAUUACAAAUUAAUAUUUUAUUUAACUUGAAUAUUUUUGUACAUAAUAACACAAAUGAUUAUACCUAACCAAUAAACGCACACGUGGCUAUUUAGAAAUAUACGUAUCAAGUGUUAAUUUAUUUCAUCAUAAAAAGUUAAUGGCAGUUUUUUAAUAAGUGCGUUCUGAGACAUAUUGUGCACAUCUUAAACUGAAACGAACUCGACAGUGGAGACUUCAACACUCAGCAGUUUCAGGAAAUGUUGUAUUUUCUGACAACAGGAAGCAACUUCCUGAAAAUCAUUAGCUUGGUCAAACAAGUGGUCAAUAGCCGGCACAUAAGUUUGAUGAGAAUGGCUAAAAGUAAAUUUGAAUAUGUAAAAGAAUUUGAACGUGAUGAUUGUUGUUUGCCAAAUUGUUGGAUUGUGGUUAGAAUAGAUGGAAGAAAUUUUUCGAAAUUUUGUGAAGCGCAUCAAUUUACUAAACCGAACGAUGUAGCUGCUUUGCAAUUAAUGAAUCGCGCGGCUAUUACGGUUAUGGAAGAUUUCAAAGAAAUCAUUUUAGGAUUUGGUCAAAGUGAUGAAUAUUCUUUCGUUUUUCGAAAAGACACUGAACUUUACAAACGAAGAGCUUCAAAAUUGAUGACAAAUGUGAAUUCUCUUUUUGCAUCAUCAUAUGUUUAUCAUUGGCCUCGUUUCUUCCAAGGCAAAGAAUUAUAUUAUCCACCGUCUUUUGAUGCUCGCGUUGUAUUAUAUCCUACGGAUAAAAAUUUAAGGGAUUAUUUAGCAUGGAGACAAGCUGAUGCUCAUGUAAAUAAUUUAUAUAAUACUUGCUUUUGGAAUCUUGUAUUAAAAGGAAAAUUAACUCCAAGCCAGGCAGAAGUUAAGCUUAGAGGUACAUUGGCUUCACAUAAAAAUGAAUUACUUUUUCAAGAAUUUGGUAUAAAUUACAAUAAUGAACCACCACUUUUCCGAAAAGGAACUACACUUAUAAGAAAAUUAGUACCUGAUGGAACAGGUAGACUGAAACCUGCAGUCGUUCCAUUGGUAGAUGAUAUUAUUGGAGAUCGUUUUUGGAAAGAAAAUCCAGAAGUACUUGGAUUAAAAAGUUUAGCAACUUAUCAACCUCCAAAUUUAGUUAAUAAUGUUUCUACAAAUCCAAUCAGAACAACAAAACCACCAUCACCAACUGCUAACAUGAAACAUAUUAAUAAUACUCCACCAUCUUCAGUUGCUAAUGUGAAUUCUAUAAAUGAAGAAGUACAUCCAGUAAGAAGUAGAGAAUCAGAUGGAGAAAGAAUGCAAUGUGAAAGUGAACGAAUUUGUAGAAGAUAAGCAGUGUUUAUGUCUCUUUUUUUAUAAUAAAUUUGAAAAAUAUCCUAACGGAAAA